UUACGUUAUGUUUCUUUGGCGCUUCCAGUAUUGACAAAUCGGCUGUUCGUUUUAAUAGCUAGCAAUUACUUACUGUUGCUCACUUUAGUUUUUAUUCUUAGUUUCAUUUACUGCCACUCAAAUUCUUUAUGUAAAAAUAUAUUUUAGAUAUUAAUUAGGGUAUGGCUGCUGAGCUUUUAGUAAAGUUAUAUGAGUACUCGCCUCUUUUUUACAUUAGUGUGAUAUCGAUAUGUUUCAUCAUUACUGUGGCCGUGGUUCUGGGCUGGUUUGGAUUUGAUGUACCAGUCAUCCUGCGCAGCUCGGAUGAAGCCGUAUCUUUCUUACCUGUCCCAGAUAAGAAGAUGGUCCAGGUAACCAAUCCCUUCGCACUGGAGCUGGGGACAAUGGCGAGCACAGUAGCCGAGGGUGUGAUCUUGCGGGCGUGUUGCCUGGAGAACACCGUAUUGAGCUGUUUCUGGGGAUGUGGUGUCCAGGCCCUUCAGACUGCUCUCCAGAGGCACCAUCAUGGGCCCAGACUCACUACCCCACACUUAUUUCAGGAGGCUCUGCAGUUUCAGUACAACCACUGCGAAACAUUUAACAUACAGAAAGAGAAGAAAGAGGAAUACUUGACCCAGCUGCCAGCAGCUCUUGGGGUUAUAGAUUUUGGGCUGCUACCCCGGGAACGCUAUCCCUUAGUUGCUGUCCUCACUUUGGCUAAUUCUAAUGACAGAGACAUUUACAAUAUAGUUGCCAGUGUCACGGUGGUCCACGUUCCUGAUGAAAAAUAUGGACUGUCUACGAGGAUCCUAUUUCAGUACCUCCUCACAGUUCAUGGGAACAUGUAUGACUUAAAGCCUCUCUUCGUUUCCACAGAUGAUAAUAGGCUGCCUAGCCAUACUGUGUCCACCCCAACCACAGAGGGGGUGAAGUUACACACUAAAUCACCAGAUAAGGAAGUGGAGGAGUCAGAAGAGGAAGAAGAAUGGCCAGAAGCACCAGGAAAGGACUGUGUUGUGUGCCAAAAUGCCCCAGUAAACAGGGUUUUGUUGCCAUGCCGACAUACUUGCGUGUGUAACAGUUGUGUAACUCACUUUCAGCAUUGCCCAAUGUGCAGGGCUUUUGUUGUGGAGUCUUUCACUUUAUCCAGUCAAGCACCUACUGAGAACAUAGUGGAAGAGUAAAAAGACCAUGUGAAGAGGGUAGAUCAAUGUAAAAGAGAAAUGUUUGAACCUUUGGAAUUGUUAAAGGAUUUUUGCAGCAUCAAAAAACACAAGAGGAAGAAAAAACAGGAAAAAGACAAAAAAAAGAGAAUUUGUUUUUGAUACAUGUAUCAGUACACACAACAAAAUCAGUUAUUAAUAUAGAUGUGGUAGUGCUGAGUGAAUAGGUGUCUCUUAAGUUUGGUCUUAAAAUUUUACUUGUGCUUUCAAUAACGUGGAAGGGUGUUCCAAAAUUUGGAAGCAGGAGCAUUACAUGAUCUUACUCCCAUAAUGGACAGUGUUAGCAUAUGGAGUGGAAAGUAGGCCAAUGUCAGGAUCUGAGUGAACAGGAGGUUGUGUAGAGAUGAAGUUCACAGAGAUAAUAAGGAGCAGGACCAUUCAGUGCACUGUUACAUGAAGCCAGUGUAAACUGAAAGAGAAGAGCAGUACUGAGUCUUGUAGAAAUUAGCCAAGCUGCUGAAUUCUUGUUGUAUUUCUGGCUUAUUGAGCACUUUAGCAGGAACACCAGAAAAUAAGUACAGUAACCUAAAUGAGAUGGAUUGGCAUUUCUGAAUCAUGAAAACAGAGGGGCGGAGUUGAGCAGUACUCAGUGCCGAUUCUAGUCUGUUGGGGCCCUCUUAGGGAUUUCAGGUCUCCUAUUGUCAUUGCAAACUUUGCACAUUGCUACUCACUGCUGUAGUUUAAAGUUUGUCAGCCCUCGUGGGCCCCCAACUGACCUGGGGGCCUCAAGCAGUUGCCUGCCUUGCCUAGUGGCAAGUGGCACCUCUGGCAAUACUGCACAUAUAGAACACUACUAGUUAAUAAAUGUUUCGAAGGGGAGUGUAGUCAAAGGUAAUUACCUUGUUAUGAACUACAUUUGAAGUGACAAUGGUUAAUAUCAAAGAUGAGAGAAAUCACUAAAACUUAUAAGUUGCUUUGGACCUUACCAACACAAACUCAAUUUUAGCAGGGUUUAACUUGAGAAUUUGCCAGUCCAGUGUUUGAUAUUUGAAAAGUCUAAUAGGGAAACAGGUGAAAUUGAAGAAGUAGGUUCAGAGGUACGUCCAACACAGAUUUUUUAUAUGAGAGUAAGAUACUGUGAUGAACUAUCAAAAGCAGUACUAAGAUCAAGGGCUAAAAAAAUAAUAGAACCACAAUUGGAGACCAUGCACCUUCAUUUAACUAACAAUUACUUUUUUUCACCAACUGUUGCAAUUAAGAAUUGCUGGAUGUUUCCUGCUUCCUCAGUAGUGGUGUUAUUCCGGUAGGAGAUCAGCAAGCUGUAUCUAAAGUCACCCUUGUUUAUGUUGAAUCCAGAGGCAAACUAGUAGAUUAACUAAAUCCGGUACUAAAGUAAAAUAGUAGUAUUUUAAUCUUUCAUUGCUCUACUAUAUAGAUCCAAGUACUCAUUGUAUUAAAUAUUGACUACAAUAUUUACUAUAACAACCAAAUGUCCUAAAUUAUAAUCUCUUUAAGAGUACUGCAGAAAUAUUUCAUUGCAUAAUAAAAUCAUCCUAUUA